AUGGCAGAAAAUACAGCAAUUGUCUUUGGACCAAGGUACUUUCAUCAUGAAAAUACGAAGGUAGCUCCAAAUAUUUCAAGUAAUACCGCAGAUUUCAAGUAUAAUAAUCCUAUGAAGUUGGGAGACAGCUUUGGUCCAAUGUACAUACAAGAUCAACAAGACUUUUCUCAGUACAGUAAGAAUAAUCCUUCUUUAAUGACAGAUAAUAAUAUAUUAAUCCACCACAGCGAAUCUUAUCCGUCCGAAUCUUCCGCUUCUGCAUCAACAACGUGGUUUGAACCAUUAGACUCUAUGUUGUCAACUUCAAACUCUUCAACGAGCUCUCCCACGACAGUACAACGACUUUCUCAAAACCAACUAAUAUUCACAACUAACACUGGUAAUAAUUAUAUUAAUGAAACUAAUGCCAUACAAUAUAGUGGAGCAUAUCGAAACUCUAAUAAUAAUGAUGAUAGAAUUUCUCCAAGCAAUAAUAACACUGUAGUAUUUAAUGAAAUAAAUAAUACUGAUGAUAACCUUCAACUUCACGAAGCAUUCUUUAUACAUAAUAAUCCCAAUUUUUCUGUCCCGUCAUCCUAUUCAAGUUCACCAGAAUUACCUAAUGAACUAAUAAAGAUAGAGAGCAAUAGUGAUAAAAAAAACUUGAAUAAUAUUCCAAGACAACCACAGCGCAACCAAACCCUUCCAAACAUUGUUUGUAAAGUGAGAAAUAAAAAACUAAUGAAAACAGAACUAGAGCAAGCAAAUAAAGUUCAAAGGAAAAGAUUAACUUUGGAUCAAAAACAAGCUCAUAAUAAAAUUGAAAAAAGAUAUAGAAUUAAUAUUAAUACGAAAAUUAGCCAAGUUACUAACAAAUACAUACCAUGGUUGGCGAGUGAGCAACCAGCAUUUGAAGUUGGUGAAUCAGUGAAGAAGGAACAACAACUUAAAAAACUUUCUAAAACAAGGUUAAAUAAAAGCAUGAUUUUGGAAAAAGCAGUCGAUUACAUUCUUUAUUUACAAGAUAAUCAAAAUUUAUUUGAAAUGGAGGUUCAGAGAUUGCGAAAUGAGGUACAAAUUUUAAGAAAUCAAUUUCAAUCGGGAGAAAGAAAACUUAGUAGAAAUUAUAAAAGUGCAAUAUCAGAAACUUUUAUUUAA